AUGGCGCCCGCGAAGCAGAAAGCCCAGAAGAUGUCUAUCGGCACCUUCCUGGCCGAUGAGAGCCUUGGCUCCUGGGCCGACGAGAUGGAGGAUAUGCCUUUGCCUGUCUCUUCCACAUGCGAUAAGGAUGACAAGGCUAAAGAUGCAAUAGCUCCUCCUUCCAUGUCCAGCUACGGAGGCGACCGCCGCGGCGCUGGCCCUCUUUCCGGUGGAUUCGGCAAUGGCUUUAAUGACCGCGAACGUGGUGGAUAUGCGAUCAGAGAGCCUCUCCCACUUCCUACUCAACCCCCUUACACCGCUCACGUUGGAAACCUUUCUUUUGAGGCGACCUCGGCCGAUAUCAACGACCUGUUUGCUGGAUGUGGUGUGACGAACGUCCGUAUCGUUGAAGAUAAGUUGACAAGAAGCCCCAAGGGCUUCGGCUAUGUUGAAUUUGAGACUGUCGACGGCUUGAAGAAGGCCCUUGACCUCUCAGGUACCACGCUUCAGGGAAGAGCGAUUCGUGUCAGCAUCGCUGAGCCCCCCAAGGAGCGCGAUGUCAAGGAGCUUGACUGGACUCGCAAGGGCCCCUUGCCCGCGCCCGACCAACCUCCCCGUCGUGUGCCCGACCGCUCGACUUUCGGACGGAACCUCGACAACCUCUCCGAUGCCGGCAGCGAACGUGCCAGUGGUCGUCGCAACUUCGAGUCGGAUGGAAAGGUGCGCGAUUUCGGCAACUGGGAGCGCAAGGGUCCUCUUUCUCCAGUGACUGGACCAGUCAGAGAAGGUGGCCGUCCUCGCAGCAACGAAGGCCCCGGGUUCAGAAGAAGCUCGCCCGCUUGGGGUGAGGGACGCUCUCAGGAUGGCUCGAGACCCCCGCGCCGUGAAUUCCAGGAGCGCGCACCCACUGCCGCCGAACUUGAUAACUCAUGGAGAGCCAGAAUGCGCCCCGAUCAGGCCCCUGCCAAGGAACCCAGUAACCCUCCCUCUCCCGCUGCCUCCCCCGCCGCCCCUGCUGCCCCCGCCGCUCCCGCCUCUCGCCCUAAGUUGAACCUCCAGAAGCGGACUGUCGCCGACACUCCGUCCAGCCCCGCUGCCAGCACUGACUCGAAGGCUAGCCCAUUCGGUGGUGCUCGGCCCAUCGAUACUGCCGCCAGGGAGAGACAAGUUGAGGAGCGUCGCCAACUAGCGCUCCGUCAGAAGAAGGAGGCCGACGAGAAGGCCAAGGCCGAGAAAGCCGAGAAGCAGCGCCAAUCCAAGGAGCAGGCCAAGAGCGAGAAGCCUGUGCCAGCCGCCGAUCCCAACGGCAAGGACAGCAUGGAUAUCCCUCAGGGCGCAAAGAACUUCGAGAUCCUCCGGCAGGCCGGUGAGGAUGAAAGCGGUGCUACCGAACAAGCCCAAUCGGAAGAAGCUCCUGCCGCUGCUGCGGGUGACGAGGCCUCGAAACAGGCUCCCGCUGGCAAGGCGAACGGUAACUGGCGGAGCGGGGGUCCUGCUCAGCCCGCCGAGGCUGCCGCAGACGAAGAAGGCUGGAGCACUGUGAGCUCGAGGCAACGCAACAACCGUCGUGGGCAGUCUGGACGUACAUUCGCAUAG